GUUUGCCGGUCAUGUGAUCGGUAUUCACGACCGCAUCAACAGCCACCUGAUGGCUAUGGGUGUCCGGAAUUGUCAGAGGCGUUCGGUGUGCGACAUCGAGCACCGGCCGGCCCAAACGAUGGUUUCCAGUCCAAGAGAUAGGAAAGGGCGAAACACGGACGCAGUCGACCGGCCAGGGCUUAUCAUGGCUAUAUAGAAGGACUGCCAUCUCGGUUCAUAGAGUUGUAGAUAACCCAAAUCAGACCACAAUCAUCAGAUUACAACUACCGAGCAUCAGCUCCAGUUCCCCAGCUCUCAUCGUUUCCAACGAGCUAUCAUUUCACACAGAUUUGUGGAUUUAGCAAUGUCACUUUUCAAGAACUACUUUGGCCUCGGCGGCUCCAAGCCUGCUGCCCAGGAUGAAAAGACCCCUGUCAGAGCCCUUCCUGCCUCCUGGUACACCUCUCAAGAAAUGUAUGAGCUUGAACGCCGUGCCAUCUUCUCCAGAAAGUGGCUCCUCACUACACACAAGGCCCGAAUCCCCAACCCGGGUGAUUGGGUCCGCUACGAUGUUGCCGGCUAUCAAUUCAUCAUUGUCCAAGACCGAAAGGGAAACAUCAACGCCAUGCACAACAUUUGCCGGCACCGAGCUUUCCCCGUUGUGACCAAGGAAGAGGGAAACAGCUACGUCUUCUCCUGCAAGUACCAUGGCUGGUCCUACGGUCUGGCAGGCAACUUGGCCAAGGCUCCUGGAUACCAGGAGCUCGCGGGCUUCGAUAAGUCUCAGAACAACCUUUUCCCCAUCCACGUUCACGUCGACCGCAACGGCUUUAUCUGGGUCAACCUUGAUGCUGCCGAGAAGCCCGAGAUUGCUUGGAACGACGAUUUCCUCGGCAUCGACGAACAGGAGAGAUUCGAGCAUUACAACUUUGAGGACUACGUCUUUGACCACCACUGGGAGAUGGAGGGAGAGUGGAACUGGAAGAUCCUGGCCGACAACUACAACGAGUGCUAUCACUGCCCGACCGCCCACCCAGAUAUCCCUUCCAUCGCAGACCUAAACUCCUACUUCGUCAACACUCAGAACGCAUACAUUCAGCACUUUGGCCAGCCCACACCUGAGCAGAUUGCCAAGGGCUUCCGUGUCGCUGCUACCUACUUCUGGCCCAACGCCUCCAUGAACGUUUCACCACACUUCUUCUUCAUCCAACGAUUCGUUCCUGACGGCCCUUCCAAGUCCCAGAUGCGCUAUGAGGUCUACCGCAACAAGAACUCUAGCGACGAGGACUUCAACGUCAUUAGUGACAUGUACAAGCGCAUCAUGUCCGAGGACAAGUACCUCUGCGCCAACGCCCAGAAGAACAUCAACGCUGGCAUCUUUGUCAACGGCGAGCUCCACCCUGAGAUGGAGAAGGGUCCUCUCUUCUUCCAGAAGACCGUGCGCGAGAUCAUCACCGAGCACUGGAAGAAAGAGCAACAAUCCGGCAGCGAGAUCUGGCCGGCGCAGCAGCAGGUGCCAAAGACAGCUACGGCGAGCCAGAGUGACUCACAGCUUUGUGCGGCGAUCGACUGCUGUAGUAGAGGCAAGGGUAGGAUGGACGACAACAAGAAGAUGUGUCUUGAUGAGGCGAUUGCAUUCUAAUUUGAAGUUGUUGGGAGGUAGAAGCUAGAAGGACUGGAGGCGUUGAUCAUGGGGAGACUUCAGCAUCUCACCCUUGGCGUUGGACAUUGAUAGCAUUCAUUUUACCACAUCUUAGUUAAUUGGGCGAA